GUGAGAAUUCCACAUCCACAUGAUUCGCACGGCACUGCUGACGUGCUGACUGCUAACCGUUGUUACAAAAUGGCAGGCGAUAAGAUUGUCGACUGCACGCAAAAUGGUAAUAAUGAGAAAAUAAACGAGAAUGGUGAUUUAAAUCUCAGUCUGAAUCUGGAAGACGACUUUGUUGAAUCGAUCGAGUAUGUCCCCUGCCCUGAGUUUCAAUUCUCGACAACAGCAUGUUAUAUUUGUAAUGGAUAUUAUGGACCAUGUUUUGAGGAACCAGUAUGUGCAACGUGUCAUGCAUUUCUAUUUCCAAAUGAUAUUGAUUUGCUCCAGGUGCCAAUUUUCAGUGAGAAAACGGAUGACGAAGAUUCGGGAAACGAUGAACCGACCGAUCUAUACUAUAAUCACGAAAGAAGAACCAGUCAGCAGCAGCAGAACUCUCCACAGAGCAUCAAUCCCAAUAUUCCAAAUGCACAACAGAAUCCACACAAUCAUAAUUACGUUUCACGCAGGAAUGUAGUAUGUUAUGCACAGUAUCAAAACGCGGUCCCCCAGUGCAAUUAUCACGUGCUCCAGAGCAAUUCGAACAGCCAACAUUCUGUGGACAAGUGCGUGACAGCGUUCAUGCGAAAUGUGCCGGCACCAUGCGAUGCAAGUCUCAAUCUACAAAAUAUAGUCUGUCGUACAAGAGCCGACGAUUGCCAUCAGAGUUACAUCAGUAGGAACGAUCGAAACGCGCAAGAUAGGAUGGAUGAAAAUCCGCGGAAUACGCCAGAAACGUUUGCACCAGAUCAUGGUCAAAAUCAAGAUGAAUCUGUACAUAAUGCCAUACCGUAUCAUUGGAACUACCGAGUAUGCGAAAAUGCGGGCGAAUCAUCAUCGCAGCCACCAUACAAUUUGUCAGAACGACUGGAGAUACUGUCGAAUCACAAACACAUCGAGCAUGAACCGAUCAAUGAGCCGGGUUUAGUGGAGAGAUUACCGCCUGAGGUGCUGCUCGCCAUCUUCUCACAUCUCGAUGACAUCAGCCUGUGGUCGGCAGCAAAUGUCUGUCGACGAUGGUGCGGCCUGCUGUCGACACACGUUACGCAGUUACAGUGGAAACAGCAUGUGAAAUUACGUUGGCCUUUAUACAAGCCCAUUGGCUGCGUGAAAAAUUGGUACAAGGUAUAUGAUUAUCUGGCCUCUUCGGCACCAUGUCGAAUCUGCUUGGCACAAACUUCCCUGAGAUCAAGACCACCUAGGAUGGAGGAAAACUCCUGGCGGAGAAACAGACUGCGCAGCGAACUCAAAAGCUUAAGGAUCGAUCCACCAGAAGGUAUCGAAGCAAUGCCUCUCGAUCAUAUGUGCUGCCAUUGGCAAGCAACCAUCACGGGACCAGUAGGAAGUCCAUAUGAGGGAGGAUUAUUUUAUCUAUAUCUACAAGUACCAUUCAGUUAUCCCAUGUGUCCACCCGUAGUGAGAUUUCUAACAAAAAUACUUCAUCCAAAUGUAUCAAGACACGGGGAUGUUGGUAUAGAUUCGAUACAUCAUAAUUGGUCAUUAGCUCUUACAAUAUCUAAAGUUCUUAUCAGUGUGCAAAGUCUGCUUACGGACCCGUACUGCCAAGUGUGUAUGGAACCAGAACUUGGCGAGAUGUAUCUGAAUGAUCGCGAGAAGUUCGAGGAAGUGGCGAGAGCAUGGACAUGGAGGUACGCGAUGCACGAUGUCGUAACACCGCUCUAGUAACAUCGCAUGAAUGUAUAAAUCGCAAUCGAUCUAUGUAAUUUAUGUAUACCUAGAUAUAUUAAUUAGAACAUAGAUAUUAUAUAAACUAUAUUUAAUAUAAAUUGAUAUUAAGAUUUGUGAUAUAUUGUGCUAAAAAAAGAUCUACCGAGGGAGACUGUAUAUCUGUAGGAAUUAUUUGUUAAUCACGAUCAUAUACUAGCAAGAUCAGAAUUGAAUCUUUUUUUACUCUAAAAUUUAUUAUAAAAUACAUUAAUAUUCUUAAUGUUGUUA